AGGGUAGGAGGGAGAUGAAUGGAUGAGACAGAGUGAGCAAAUAAUGCAAGUGACGAGAGGAGGAGGAGGAGGAGGAGGAGGAGGAGGAAGUGAUGGGAGGAGGAAAAAGAGAUGAUGUAAAAACUGAAACACAAUCUGUCUGAAUCGCCCCUCCUCAGCUUGGUGAACACAGACACACACAUGCAGAGGAGCUGUCACAUGCUGUCGCCUCCUGUUUGACGCGUUCCCGCUGCCUUGAAGGAAGCAUCAGUCAAUGUCAGAUCUCUGUCAUGAUUUAGAGGGAUUUUACUGCAAAGAUUCCUCCUGUUUCACUCACAUGGAGCUUGUGUGUUUGUCUGUGUCCUGGAGUGGAUGACGCCUGUUGAUCAGUCCAUAGGUGCAGAUCUUAAGGCUGACCCUCCCUGCUGCGUAUUAGAUGACAGCUCAAUCCAACAGGAAUUAUUCCGCUUAGCUGGUGUAGAUGAUUAUGUAAGAGUGGAGUGUUUGUAUGGCUGCUGCGACCUUGUGCACCGUCAGCACAGAGCGGUCCUGUCGUCCGGCUGUGGCUCUGUGUAGGAUUUAGGCAGAUAUUUUUAUAAUCGCUGCCAUAUGUGAUGCUUGGUUGAGCUGUUUAAUCUGGGUGCAGGGUAAGAGGAAGGCCGACUCCUAUGUCAGAGGUUUAGGAUGGCCAGUGAAGGCUCCACUAUUCCCAGUCCUGUCGUCCGCCAGAUUGACAAGCAGUUCCUGAUCUGCAGCAUAUGUCUGGACCGAUACGAGAACCCUAAAGUCCUGCCCUGUCUGCACACCUUCUGUGAGAGGUGUCUGCAGAACUACAUCCCGGCUCACAGCCUCACACUGUCGUGCCCCGUCUGCCGCCAGACCUCGAUCCUGCCGGAAAAAGGUGUGGCGGCGUUACAGAACAACUUCUUCAUCACCAACCUGAUGGACGUGCUGCAGCGACCUCCAGACAGCUGCAGCCAGGAGGCGGCUGUUCUCAACAACAUCACCACUGUGGCCACGGGGCAGUUGCUGUCCUGCCCCAACCAUGGAGGCAACGUCAUGGAGUUUUAUUGUCCACCAUGUGAAACAGCCAUGUGUCAGGAAUGUACAAGUGGUGAACAUGGAGAACACCCUACUGUGCCCCUUAAAGAUGUAGUGGAACAACACAAAGCCUCAUUACAAGACCAGCUGGAUGCUGUCAAGAGGAGGCUUCCAGAGAUCGACUCGGCUCUGCAGACGCUGUCAGAGAUCCUGCAGCAGCUGACAAGUCAGAAGAGCUCGAUCGAAGAUGGCAUCCAUACAACCUUUGAUGAGCUGCAGAAGACCCUGAAUGUCCGAAAGAGUGUCCUGCUGAUGGAGCUGGAGGUCAACUACGGCCUCAAACAGAAGGUGCUCCAGGCCCAGUUGGACUCCCUUCUGCAGGGUCAGGAGGGCAUCAACAGCAGCUGUAACUUCACAGAGCAGGCCCUGAGCCACGGCACCGAGGCCGAGGUGCUGCUGGUGAAGAAGCAGAUGAGCGAGCGGCUCAUUGAACUGGCCAGCCAGGAGCUCCCUCUACGGCCCGGAGAGAAUGACCAGCUGGACUUCCUGGUGGAGACGGAGGGCCUGAAGAAGUCCAUCCACAACCUGGGAACUAUCGUUACAACAAACGCUGUGGCCUCUGAGACCGUGGCUACCGGUGAGGGGCUGCGAUACUGUGUGGUGGGAGUGCCCACUUCUAUCACCAUCACCACUAAAGACAAAGAUGGAGAGCUGUGCAAGAUGGGAAACGCGGUCAUCACUGCUGAAAUGUCCUCACCUGAAGGUAGCAAAGGUGAAGGAGAGAUAGUGGACAACAAGAACGGCACCUAUGAGUAUCUGUUCACAGCUCCUAAAGAGGGGACUUUUCAUUUAGCUCUGCGUUUAUACGACCAACACAUCAGAGGAAGCCCCUUUAAGAUCAGAGCCACCAAGUCUAUAGAUGUGUCACCCACUUCAGACGGCAUGAAGAAGAGGCUGAAGUCUCCCAGCAGUGGACACAUCAAGCAGAAGGCCAUCAAGAGGCCGGCUAGUAUGUACAGCACAGGGCGGAGGAAAGAAAACCCCAUCGAAGAUGACCUCAUCUUCAGAAUUGGCACAAAAGGGAGGAACAAAGGCGAGUUUACUAAUCUGCAGGGAGUGGCGGCUUCCUCUCUGGGUAAAGUGCUGAUCGCCGACAGCAACAACCAGUGUGUGCAGAUUUUCUCUAAUGAUGGCCAGUUCAAGAGCCGAUUCGGUGUCCGAGGUCGGACCCCAGGUCAGCUGCAGCGACCGACAGGAGUGGCCGUCCACCCCAACGGUGACAUCAUCAUUGCUGACUAUGACAACAAAUGGGUCAGCAUCUUCUCAUCUGAAGGCAAGUUUAAGAACAAGAUUGGCUCCGGGAAGCUGAUGGGUCCUAAAGGCGUGUCGGUGGACAGGAACGGACACAUCAUCGUGGUGGACAACAAGGCCUGCUGCGUCUUCAUUUUCCAGCUCAACGGCAAGCUAGUCACCAAGUUUGGUAACCGUGGCAACGGCGACAGGCAGUUUGCAGGUCCUCACUUUGCUGCCGUCAACAACAACAAUGAAAUUAUCGUGACAGAUUUCCAUAAUCACUCAGUGAAGGUCUUCAACACAGAAGGUGAAUUCCUACUGAAGUUUGGGUCAAACGGCGAGGGGAAUGGUCAGUUCAACGCGCCCACAGGAGUGGCCGUGGACGCCAAUGGAAACAUCAUAGUAGCCGACUGGGGAAACAGCAGGAUACAGGUGUUUGAUGGCAGCGGUUCGUUCCUCUCUUACAUCAACACAUCUGCAGACCCUCUGUACGGCCCUCAGGGACUAGCUCUGACCUCUGACGGACACGUUGUGGUGGCCGAUUCUGGGAACCACUGCUUUAAAGUCUACCGCUACCUACAGUAGCCCUUCACCCCCAACGCACAAAGUGUACAGUGUAUAUAGUGUGUAAAGACACAACACAACACAUGACUGGCAGACGCACUCAUCCACUCACCCUUUCAUCCUUGACCCACGCUGUUGUCAUGCCAUCUGUUCUCCACGUGUUAGUCUGUGGCGUCCUGUUUGACCCCGAUGCUAAAAUAAAACGUUUAUGUACGAAUGUGAAUGAAGACGACUGAAAACAUUCUGAUCGGUGCUCAGAGGAGUCACUAGUCCACAUUACAUUCCACCUUAACGAAACUGACUGAAAAUAGAACCUUUAGUUUUGUAUAUACACUAUGUUAGACUCUUAAUUUGUUGUGAUACAGCGUCUAGUGCUAGUAAAGCAACUUGGCAAUAAUACUGUCGUCAAAGUGCAGGUUGGAAACUGUGUGAAGUAAAAAAAUAUUUGAAGAAAUACCUUAGUUACUUAAAAACCUGAGAUUUUCUGUAUAGUGCCAGUAAUUGCAGCUUCCUCUUAAAGGCUCACAAAAAUACUCACAUAUUGCCUGUUCACUAUAAAAGCAAUUUAUUCCACCUCUAAUAGGUAGCAGGGUAUUUUCAAGCAUGAUGCAGCAUCUCUGUGCAUGCAGUUUUUACUAAUGAACACCAACCUAGCAACUGUGCAUAACACUUACAGCACCAAAAGAUGCUUCUGCGGCUCUGUUUUAAUUCCGCUGCUUCUAUCUGCAUGUGAAAAUGACACGUCAUUGUCAAUAUAGGUCAUCACUGUUCCAUUCACAUGCUUACUGAACAAUGCUGAUUAUUUCUGCGGAAUUGGUUUUACAAUGACACACAGUGUGCGUGUGUGUGCAAAGUGAGUGUGAUUGUGUGAUCAGUUAAGAUACCAAAUAUAAGCCAGUCAGUCUGAUGAAUUAAACCCCUUUGUGAGUGUGUGUGUGUGUGUGUGUUCACAGACUGCUUGUGUGUUUAAGUGCAAAUUGCCACAAUGAUCACAGCUCCCAUCUUGAUUUCACAUCAUUAUUGUUUUCUGUCGCUAUAAAAUGAACGAAGAGGUACAGCAAAGCAGACAAGCUACUUUGACUUUACCACUUUGACUUAAAAUCUGCUUUGGUCACAUGCACGCAACUUCGAUUUUUUAGUAAAUUUCAGUCAAUAGCUAAACAAAUGCGGAGUAAACACAUAAGUCCUUACUUAAGGGCUUGGUAAUCAUGCUCCUAGGUACGUGAUUCUGAGCUGUAGAACUAUGGUCACAUUCACUCAUGUCUAUGUGCUCUUAUGUCUUUGAAAAACAAACCUGUAGAACUACACAAGCGAAUAAAAUGCAAUAUUUAGUUCAACAAUCGUUAAUGCACUGUGCAAUUAGAAAAUGCUGGUUGUCUCCAAGCACACAUUUUCUUAUUGUUAAAUUUCGGUCACUCAUUUUCUACACAAUCUUGUUAAAUUAUUUGUUUUCCAUUGUCUUGUUUAUAUCUGUUUUGCCAAACAGAAUUAAAGUGCCCACACAAAACAA